GAGAAGGAGGCGGCUUGCGGUGUUUGGUGCGGUGUGCCGAAGUUUUGUAAAAUUGCUUGGUUGUUUGAAAGCCAGCCGGCGGCAGGUCCACUGCAAUGUCUGUCAAUGUCAGCUGCUCUUUAUUCGACACGGUCUCAACCGGAUAAUCCCGAGCUGGCGUUUGGAUUAUUGCUCCUGCUGUGUUGUUGUAGGUAGACAAAUCAAUUCAUCGGAUCAGUCAGGAGGACGGGAUUCAUUUGCUGUGGACUUCAAGAUUAUUCCUCGGCUUGUUUCUCGUUUUUAAGAGCUGGGUUCUGGCGUAUUGGACUUGUCACCAGCAACCGGUGCAGCCAGUAGUCCCACACAGUGGACUGGAAGUGUUGGCUGGAGACGCACACGUGCGGACGCAUUGAUUUUUCCAGCACUCUGGAUAAAAAGUUGCUUUGCUCUGUUUGGGAUUUUGUUUAAAAGAGGAAGAUAAACAGCCAGACAACAUGUCGCUGAGCAGAAGUAUUGAAUUUGAGCACUUUGAGGAACGAGAGAAGCCGCACCGGACACCGAGGACCAACUCGGUCUCCGGGUCCCAGUCAGGCUCCAGAGGCAACGGUCUGGUCCCCAGCCCUGCUCACAGUGCGCACUGUAGUUUCUACCGCACACGCACCCUCCAGUCCCUCACAUCUGAGAAGAAAGCCAGAAAAGUGCGGUUUUAUCGCAAUGGAGACAGAUACUUUAAAGGUUUGGUGUAUGCAGUGUCCAACGACCGCUUCAGGUCUCUGGAUGCUCUGCUCAUGGAGCUCACAAGGUCCCUGUCGGACAAUGUCAACCUUCCUCAAGGAGUCCGGACGUUAUACGCACUGGAUGGAGGCAGGAGGAUCACCAGUCUGGAUGAGUUAGUAGAGGGUGAGAGUUACGUGUGUGCCUCGAAUGAACCCUUCCGGCGUGUGGACUACACCAAAAACGUCAACCCCAACUGGUCUGUGGGCUGCAAGACCGGCACAUCACGCUCCCUCUCCUCUCUCAUCCCGCUGAAGAGUGAGCUGCAGCGUGAGUCCAAGGACUUCAUCAAACCCAAACUAGUCACAGUCAUCCGCAGCGGUGUCAAACCCCGCAAGGCAGUACGUAUACUGCUCAACAAGAAGACGGCGCACUCCUUUGAGCAAGUGCUCACUGACAUCACAGAUGCAAUCAAGUUGGACUCUGGAGCUGUGAGGAGGCUGUACACUUUGGAGGGCAAGCAGAUUAUCUGCCUGCAGGACUUCUUUGGGGACGAUGACGUGUUCAUAGCAUGCGGGCCGGAGAAGUACCGCUAUGCCCAGGACGACUUUGUGUUGGAUCACAGUGGUAAGGCUUCCACAGCCUUUAUGACUGAAUGCAGAGUGCUGAAGUCGUCACACAGCCGCUCUGCUACUCCGAACCGGACAACUAAGAGCCCUGGGCCCUCACGACGCAGCAAGUCCCCAGGUGCAGCAAGACAGCCUGUCCACUACUCCACCAGUCAGUCUCCAAUCAAAUCCCCAGUAAACGGUAUCUCAGGCAGCCAGAUCUCAACUCCAAAGUCCACCAAGUCCUCCACUCCGUCUCCCACCAGCCCUAAAACCGUCCCCAGUUUUAAGACCCCUCCGUCACAUCACAUCUCGUCCUCAAAUGUAAAUGGCUCGUUGAACAAUCACCAGGAGCAAACCAAUCGGCUGAGUCCAGAGGUUAAUGGAAACCGCUACCUGCCUGCCUCCACCAUCUUAGAAAAAUACAAGAUUGGCAAAGUCAUCGGAGAUGGCAACUUCGCCGUGGUCAAAGAGUGUGUGGAGAGGUCCACAGGAAAAGAGUUUGCACUGAAGAUCAUCGACAAAGCCAAGUGCAGUGGAAAGGAGCACCUCAUAGAGAACGAGGUUGCAGUGCUGCGGAAGGUCAAACACCCCAACAUCAUCAUGCUGAUAGAGGAGGUGGACACUCCCUCUGAACUCUACCUGGUUAUGGAACUUGUCAAGGGAGGAGAUUUAUUCGAUGCCAUCACCUCCUCGGCCAAAUACACAGAGAGAGACGCCAGUGUCAUGGUGUACAAUCUCGCUGAGGCUCUGAAGUACCUGCACAGCACCAACAUCGUCCACAGAGACAUCAAACCAGAGAACUUGCUGGUGUUUGAGUAUCCCAAUGGCACCAAGUCGUUGAAACUGGGGGACUUUGGCCUGGCCACAGUGGUGGAAGGACCUCUGUAUACUGUAUGUGGGACUCCUACAUAUGUGGCUCCAGAAAUCAUCUCCGAGUCUGGUUACGGUCUGAAGGUGGAUAUCUGGGCUGCAGGUGUCAUCACCUACAUCCUUCUGUGUGGCUUCCCUCCAUUUAGAAGUGAGAGUAACCUGCAGGAAGAUCUGUUCGACCAGAUCCUUCAGGGGCAACUGGACUUUCCCAGUCCCUACUGGGAUAACAUCACUGAUUCAGCCAAGGAGCUGAUCGGAAAGAUGCUGCAGGUCAACGUUGAGGCUCGAUACACAGCACAAGACAUCCUCUCCCACCCUUGGGUCACGGACGAUGCAGUCAUGGAGAACAACAUGAAGAUGGAGGUCACAGGUAAACUGAAGACACACUUUAACACUGCGCCAAAGCACAACACCACCACAGCUGGGGUGAACGUCAUCAUGAUGACAGCUCUUGAUAAGAAGACCCUCCAGCUCACCACCCAUCGUCGUCCACGGCCCCAAACAGUGCCAUGUCCACCAUCAUCGUCUAGCAAGAAAGCCCCAUCUGCCCUUCCAGUCAAAUCAGCCUCGCCAACAAAGUCAGGACCAGCUUCUCCAACCAAACAGGCAUCACGCGCCAAAGAACCAAAACCCGCCACGCCUAAGUCACCCAUUAAGUCUGCUCGACUCAAGGCACCCAAGACCGCUGGGACUGCUGUUCCUGAUGCUACAUCCACCUCCAAUGCUUCCUGUUCUCAUUCCCAAGCUGAUGGUGUUGAUUUCCCUCCCCCUGCUCCUGUGAGUUCACCUCAUGUCUCCCCUUCACCCUCUGCUGAAUCUCUCCCCAUCACCUCUUUGCCUGUCUCCUCCCCGCCUGAAACAUCACCCUCUGCUGCUCCAUGCUUAUCUCUAGAAACACCCUCACCCUCUGCUCCUCCUGUUGUUUCCACCUGCAACACUCCCUCUACACCCGUCUCCUGCCCUUCCCCAUCAUCUCCAACCAAACCAACCCAAAUCCCUUCCUCCUCUCCUACCAAAGAGGCACCAUCCCCACCUUCCUCUCCCACAAAACAAGCCUCUCCCUCCCCAGUCUCCCCCAUCAAACCUGUCAUAUUCUUCCCCUUCUCCUCCCCGACCAAACAAGAACCUUCCUCCCCAUCUCCCAACCAUCCAACCCUGUUUCCCUCUCCUCCUUCUACACCUCCCAGAUCCACAUCCCCACCCUCCCCCGCUGGCCCUCCUUCUCCCAGCCCUCUACCUGCUGAGGAGCUAGUGGAGAUUUAAAUGGUGAUUCUAUAGCCAGUAUCACCUCCCACUUCUUCUUAUAACAUGUAUGUGUCAGUAAACAGUCCAUCCCGAGCAUUUCCAAUAGCUGUAAACUGAGCCAGUGACUGCUGUGUCCAUAGUUUUCUCUCACUCUUACACCACUCAUUCUGAGAGACGGAGGAUACAAAGCAUUUUCUAAGAGUGUGUCGAUUGUAUAUAUAUGUUUGUAUUUAUUAAUGGAGGAUGUGGAGAAAGGGAAUGAGCUGAAUACAUCACUGUUCUGAGUGGUUUGUCUUUAGUUGUCAUGCAUUACAACAGUAUAUCACCUUAAUGUGAAUUCUUUCUUUUAUUUAUUAUCCCGUGUUGACUGCCUGUGGCUCUUUUGUAAAUAGUUAUUCAUCACACCAUUGUGAACUCCUAUUGCUUUAGCAGAGAGACAGUAUGUCCACAAUACACACAAAAGUAUUACAGCAUAUCAAACGUCUGAACUUGCUAGCCUAGCUACCUGUAGUGUACUCCAACUAUAACCACUAUCAGUAUUUUCUCUGACCACAGCCAUCCUGAUGGUAACCACAAGUCUACUGUUCAACUUAGUGUUAUUAUAUACAGUGCAGUGGGUUGACAAAAUAAAUGUAAUACCAACCAAAGUACCAAACUACAGCCGUGCUUUGUCAGUGAAACAGCCUCAGCUGUAGCUUUGAAUUCAUGCAUGUAAAAGUGUUAAUAAUCAUCAGUGUUAACGCUGACACACAUGGCUGUUCACAUUCAGCUUAAAGGGUAUGUUCACCAAAUUACAAAAAAUAAACAUUGUCUUAGUUACCUCUAGUGCAGUGAACACCAACCGUUGUGGCUUGUGACCUUGUAUAGCAAGAGUUAGAAUGGGAUCGAUAGAGCCACUAGUGUCUGACAGGCUGUGCGUUAUUUACUGCCAAGCGGAGCACUGUAACAUGAACAAAAUCAAAUUUUAGUAGAGGUGGGAAGGGGAAGAACAACACGCAUUGUGUUUGUUUACUUGAAACUUAAUGUGUUUUUUGAGGUGACAAGAGGAGACAUUGUCUUAACAUACCAUCAAUAUGGCAUCAUUUUGAAUAUGAAACUGACACAAGAAGUGAGCUAAAAACAGACGAUGCAAUGUGCUCCACUCGGGAGUGGCUGCUGAGUCAAGUGCGACACAUAGUGGCAAAAUUCGGUUUUCCAGUCCGAGGUUUGGCUUAAUAUCAGACUGGUUUGGAAAUCUUUACUCUUGGCCAAAGGAGUGUUUUUUCUGCUUUCCUAUCCUGUCAAUCAUCUCUAAAACUCUUUAAAAUGAUCUCAUGACAAGUUUCUCUCACCAGAUGUAGACUGUGGCUUUAAACCUGCCACUGGGCGCUAAUUUCUCCCUUCCUUCUGCUAUCUGCGUGUUACUGUUUUCAAAACCGCCCUUGCUACAGGAAACAACAACCUCUGAGCUAUCAGCUUACAUGCUGAAAAUGGCAUAAAGGCACGCAAGAUUUGUUCUCUUGGUCAAUUUUUGUAAAAUUGAGAACAAAUAAAACAACCUGUGAAGACACGUCGGAAAAGCCACAACGUUGUCUCGCAGGACUCUUGUGCCAGAUGUUAAUCAGUUUUCUGACACAGUCCGUUGGAGUUGAUUUGCCACAUUUUUUAACUUUGGCAGCAACAUGCGACAGUGACCAGUGUACAGAUCUGUUUCACUUCACACAAAUAUUGUUGUAAUAAUGUUCAGUUAGAGCCAAAUACAGCCAGCAAAUCAUGUGUGGUUUUAACGAGUCCAGUGAGCUCCUCCAGAUCUAAUAUACAGUCAUGCUUAGCUUCGAGGGCAACGAUUAUCAAAUCAUGUUUCCUUUUUAUCACACAGUGACACAGGACUGUUAAUGUUUCUGUGGCUUUUCUUGUGCAUGGCCAUUUUAAUGACAAUACUCGCCUCCCCAUGUCCAAAUGUUCCACCGGAACAAGGUCAACCCCGACACUAUUUCGCAAAAGCACUGUCGCUGCAUCCUGGGCUUCCUUCCACCCAAGACGAUUAUGAUUGGUUUAAAGAAACACAACCAAACCCGAGAGAUUUUUCCCUCAUAGCAGAAAGAUAAUCAGUGAUUCCAGACCCCUCUCUAGCCCGAGCACGAGACUAGCUUGUGACCCAAUGCAGGGUCCGGAGCCCAAGGUUGGGAAUCACUGCUCUUGUGUUAAACAGAGAGAUGUAUCAUAGAAAUGUACUUUGCUGUUACUCGAAACUUAAUUCUGUCUGACUUCAUUGUACGAACAGCUGUUUCAAAGAAAUACAUCUGCUGUAAGUGAGGGUAAAUAAGUGUUCCUUUUAUUUAGGUGAACUGACCCUUUAACAUGACCUGCCAGUGUAUCUGCCUCUGUAAUUAUGAAUAAGUCAAUGUGGUAGAUUAUUUUGUGCACCCACUGUAACUGACGGACAUGCUGAUACAUCCACAUCCUGUUUGUAUGUAUUAUUUGAUGUGAACACUGUAGUUGUAAAUAGUGUGAAGAACCUUAGCUGUCCACCUGAAACUUGAAGGUUUGUUUUUGUCUGUGUGUGUUUGAGCAGUUAACGGCGCUCAGCGUCACUAAUAACUGCGUCAAACUAGAGAAAAUAGGUCCAACAGACAUGAAACCAAAUUGCAGGUUUGUUUCUAAUGAAUUGGAAUUUUCUCCUCAGACUGCAGCGCUGCACAGAGAGAAAGCACAUGAACUCAGUUACCAGUUGAUAUAAUUCCUACUGACAGCGCUACACUGUGGGUUGCAUGAAACAAGUCAACGCUGUUCCUUCAAAAUACUCAAGCAAUGGUCUUCGAUCUGUUGGAUCUAUACGAAUGAAUGUGUCGUAAAGGUGACGGGUUUGUGCCUGACCACUAGCUAACAGCUCAUAACUUAAUGAUGCCUUUAUCAAAACCAGCUUGGCUGAAAAAUGGAGUUCCAACGUGUGCAUCCUAAAGAUAAGUUAUGUAGGAUUUUUCGUUUUGUACCCGUUUCAGACUCCACAGCAGCAUUUACCCCAGCUGGUGUUUAGUAGGGCUAACUCCUUCAGUGGUUCAACAUGCCUCUUUAUCUCUUCAGGACUUUCAGCUGCAUGCAUACUCCAUUCCCACUUCCUGUUCCUCCCUGUAAGACAGAAACCCCUCACAUAUACACAAAGUCAAGUUGGUACAUAAUAUCAUUUAGCUUCCCCUUAUGUAUAUGUAGUUAAAGGUAGAUUUUCAUAUGCAGUUUGUAAAGGGAAAUUUGUAUGAAAAGACAGUUUUAAAACAGGUUUUUCGUCUGUCAAACUGGAGUAACGGUUUUUGUUAGGCAUAAAGUGGCUGCUUUUGAUGUCCUAUUGUUUGAAAGGAAGAACAGCAAAAUGCA